AUGGACGGCCGAGGUUUAAGCUCUCCGAUCAGUGAAGGGACAAGUCAAGGAACUCCCUUCGCACGUGCGUAGACCCCCCCGCCGGCGCCGGCACGAACGGUACGAGAAUCGACACGCAUCGAUUCGCAGCAGUAGCUUCCUGCGAAAACCAGAUUCGGCCCCGCUCUCACGUGGACAUCCACUAAUAGGAUAUCGCCACGUCAUCGAGGGGAAUCAUGCUCCGAAUCUACCCCUCUCCACGACAACCGUCAACUCGCAGAAGGCUGGGCCUGCCUUCUGACUCAAAGUGUGGGAACCCUCCAGUUCGAUUUGCCUUGUUCAGAGAUCAUACGCUGGCGGCUAGAAGAAGUCGAUUUACUCCUCACGUGGACACAUUGGGCCUAAGUGGCGGUAUUUCUGGUUGAGAAUCCUGAAUCGCAGGGAUCCGUGCCAAUCUAUUCGUACGAACUAUUUAUUAAAAAAUAGAACAACUGUAUUUAUUUAUUUAUUUUAUUACAGAGGGAGAGAGAGGGGGGGUUGCAUUAAAUCCGGCUCCUCCGGCGACCGGGGGACCCCGGGGCAUGAGGGACACGGAAUGGACGGUAGUGAUUCGUCGAACCCAACAGACUCAAAUAUCUUCUAG